AUGGCUCUGCGAGCGAGGGCUUUGUACGACUUCAAUUCAGAAAACCCCGGGGAGAUAUCGGUGAAGGAGAACGAGAUCGUAACUCUAUACAGCGAGCAGGACAUUGAGGGCUGGCUGGAGGGGACGAACAGCAGAGGAGCGAGGGGGCUUCUGCCUGCGUCCUACGUCGAGAUUUUGAGGAAUGACACGGUCUCGUCUUUUAACAACAACUCUCGAUAUGCCAACGUUCCCACUGGUGCUUUUGAGAGCUUUAACAGUACACCAGCAUCUACUUUCUCAGCCUACCCUGCACUACCUCAACAACAACAACAACAGCAGCCUCAUCAAGGGACUCCAGCCAGUGAUGAUGACUGGGAUGAUGACUGGGACGAUCACUCAUCCAUAGCCGAUGAACCAGGGGUUGUUGGUGGCGGAUACAGGAAUUAUGAAGGAAACGGACCCUCUGGCUACAGCAUCUCUACAUCGUCUAUGCCUAGAGGUGCACAGCAAGCCAAAAGUUCAGCCACGGUCAGCAGAAAUCUGAACAGGUUCUCCACUUUCGUGAAGUCUGGUGGUGAGGCGUUUGUGCUCGGGGAGGCGUCUGGCUUUGUGAAGGAUGGAGAUAAAAUCUGUGUUGUGAUGGGUCAGUAUGGUCCAGAGUGGCAGGAGAAUCCAUACCCGUUCUCUUGCACUAUUGAUGACCCUACAAAGCAGACCAAGUUCAAAGGCAUGAAAAGUUACAUUUCCUACAAGCUGACACCGACCCACACGCAGAGCCAGGUCAAUAGAAGAUACAAGCAUUUCGAUUGGCUCUACGCUCGAUUAGUGGAGAAAUUCCCUGUGAUCUCGGUGCCACACAUCCCUGAAAAGCAAGCCACGGGUCGCUUUGAAGAAGACUUCAUUUCUAAAAGGAGAAGAGGGCUGAUAUGGUGGAUGAAUCAUAUGACCAGCCACCCUGUGCUGGCCCGGUGUGAUGUUUUCCAGCACUUCCUCUCGUGCUCCAGCACAGAUGAAAAGGCUUGGAAGCAGGGGAAGAGGAAAGCAGAGAAGGAUGAGAUGGUCGGUGCCAAUUUCUUCCUCACCAUCAGCACUCCACCAGCUCCUCUCGACCUGCAGGACGUUGAAAGCAGGAUUGACGGAUUCAAGGUCUUCUCCAAGAAAAUGGACGACAGCGUGAUCCAAGUCAAUGCCACACUCAGUGAGUUUGCGAGGAAGCAGAUAGCUGGCUUCAAGAAAGAGUAUCAGAAAGUGGGACAGUCUUUUAAGUAUCUGAGUCAAGCAUUCGAGAUGGACCAGCAGUCAUACUCCAUUGGUUUGAACCAAGCGAUUGCAUACACAGGAGAAGCCUAUGAAGUUAUCGGAGACUACUUUGUGGAGCAGCCUAAACAAGAUGUGGACCCAGUGAUGGAUUUGCUAGCCCUGUACCAAGGACACCUCACCAACUACCCUGAUAUCAUCCAUGUCCAAAAAGGUGCUCUGACGAAGGUGAAGGAAAGCCAAAAGCACGUAGAAGAAGGGAAGAUGGAGAGCCAGCAUGCAGAUGGCAUCAGGGACCGCUGUAACAUCAUCUCUUUCGCCACCAUGGCUGAGAUCCAGUACUUCCAUCAGACUCGAGUGCGGGACUUUAAAUCCCAGAUGCAGCAUUUCCUACAGCAGCAGAUCAGCUUCUUCCAGAAGGUCACAGGAAAGCUGGAGGAGGCGCUGCAGAAAUAUGACAAUGCCUAAAUGAACGACGUCCAAAUUUGACCAACAGUGUUUCUCUUUGCCUGGACAGAGUGCCAGGUGAGGGUUAGCCAGCCGCUAGCAAUAUAUGACAAACCAAGAGUCUAUCAUUUUAUUAAAACUAUCCCCAUGCAAUGAAUGUCCAACACAAGGAACUGAAUGUUGUUUGGGGUGUUCCUAUAGUGAGAUGGCGAUAAUGAUCGUCUAAUCUGUUUUCCUCGGAGGACGGAGCGAGAGACCAUGGAAUGACUUGGAUCCUGCUAUUUUUAACGAUGUCCUUCACACAGAUGAAUGAGAGAUUGACACGACUUGAGGAGCUCACUUGGCUUCUCACUGCCACGUUUCAAACACUCAAGACCUUCUUAGCCGUUCUUAGAUGUUUACAGACCUUACAGAGCCACUGUCAACACUGUUGUGCCUUUCAAUCUGGUCUUGUUGUUUUUUUAUAUAUAGAAUUUCUUAAACAACAAAAAAAUGAUAUAUUAUUCUUAUUCUCACAUUUGUUUUUACAAGAUUUGAUUUUAUUAUCUUAUUAAAAAGUCACCCCUGCCUGAAAUGGCAGGGCAAAGGAGUAGCAGGCUCAUAUUUGGAGAUAAGCGUGGGAGUAGCUGAACACAGUGCCCUAAUUUGGUGUCCCUUCUGUAUUAUUUCCCAGCCCCCUUCCCACAGUAAUAUUUUGGGUCCAAUGCAGAACAGAAUGUGCACUCGAGGGAAAGCAGUAGUGGCUGUAAGAUGACCUCUCAUUACUUGGAGACAGUUGAGCAGGUACCU